CCAAAUGUUCAAAUGUUGAAUUUUGCUUAAGCCGGUGCUAGAGGGCGUGGUCGGCAGCUUGAAUUUAACACUUCCGUCUGUGAACAGGCUCAAUCAAAAUGAGCAUGCAACAUUUUCAACAGUUCUUUUGCGUUCUUCAUUGAUUAUGUUUUUCUUUACUUUAGCAAAUACGGAUAAAAGCGAGUAAAUAAUGCAGUAAAAUUAGGAAUAUUUAACAGAUUUUUGUUUCUUGUAAAGGCGGACAGUAUUAUGUGAAUCGCCGUAUUUCUAAUAAAGGGCGAAUUGGUUUAAAUUAGAUGCGAUAUUGGAGAAAUAGAAAACUCCCCAGAAGCUGAAAUGAGAUAUCUCUGAUUGCAGGAAAUAUUAGUAUUUUAUACAGAGAGGGCGGAAACACUUGAGUUUAAUUAAAUCGUAUCGAAAUAAUGGCUGUAAUAAAGAUGAAAUCAGGGCAUACUUAUUUUAUUUCGUUCUGAAUUUCAGUCGAUGAAGAUCACGUUUAUAUUCAGGAUUGUUGAUGCUGAUGGAAUAUUUAUUUUUGAAAAGCUAUCGUAACACUGAAGCUUAAACUUCGUAUUAGUUUUCUACAUUUUACUGAUAAAUUAAAGUUUAAUACCCAAACUAAUUGCCCAAAGCGGAUAAAUAGUUGGUUUAAAGAUAAUGUACUGAGAGUUUUACAAAUUAAUAUGGAUAAUUUGGACUUUAUUGUGAAUUUAAAGUGGAAACAUCACACGGAGACAUGACAGGAAUAAAUAAUCAUCAUACAAUUUGAAUUUUUAGACCUUAAAUUCCCUAACGGAUUUAAGAAUGCAAAGAUAAAUGAAUUAAUAAACCACGAGUGAUAAAUUUCAUUUUUUUUAUUAAAGAUGUCCGGGCUUUCUGGAAUCGGAGUGAUUUGGGCAUUUUCGUCCUUUAUUUCGUCUGUGGCUUUGUGUGUCGGGUAUUUUAUGCCUUACUGGAUAACUGGACAAAUGUUUAUUCAGAACAACGGAAAAUCAGGACAAACUGUUCCCGUAAGUUUUGGAAUAUUUCGUCGGUGUAACUACCCGGCAAUAAAUGACGAUGGACAAAUUGAAAUAGUUCAUGAAUGUGGACGAUACAAGACUUUCACGGACAUUCCAAGCACGUCGUGGCAGAUAGCCACUCUUGUAAUUGGACUAGCAUGUUGUUUGUGCCUUCUUGUCUCACUAACUGCUAUGUUUGGUGUUUGUGUCAAGGGUGUCGUCAUCCCGACGGUAGCACGAACGGCGGGAAUACUACAGUUGUGUUCAGGUUUAUUACUUACCGCUGGAGUGGGUAUCUAUCCAAAUGGUUUCGGAAGUCCGGAGAUACAGCAAGCUUGCGGAAAUACUUCCAGUUCUUACCAUUUAGGUGAUUGUUCAUUAUCUUGGUGUUUCUACAUGACGUGUGCAGCUGUAGGCGUUACCUUUGUAUGUUCUGCCUUGGCUUUCCACGCCCCUAAACGGAAACAAGUCGUCGGAGGGUAUGCAAUGUAGCCGAGACAAGAAAUAAGAUGUAAAAGAGUGAAAGAGUGAAAAUGGUGUUACAAUUCAACUGCCACAAGCUAACUCUAUAUUUAUAGGCUCUCCAGUCUCUGUCAGUAAGGAAGACAAGGGGUUUGAAUUCAGGUCGAGAUCAUCUAGAAGCUUACUGUAAUUAUACAGUAACACAUAGAACCAAUUGAUAUUGUUGAAGUGAUUUUUGACAAGAAUCAUACAUAUACAUGCACGUUGGAUGCGUACCCUCCCCGGCACCGUCUUGAGCGCUCUUAAUUUAUCAACAUUGUCAGUUAUAGAAUCAUUAUGAUAUUAUAGAGACGAGGUGAAAAGGGUAAUAAUCAGAUGGCUAUGCAUAACGUACGUGAUGGCGAACAAUGACAUGAACAUGUUGAUUGAACAAAGUGAUCUUACAAACACGUGUGCCUUACCGAAAACUUUACUACCAAAUGUGUUCAAACAAUUGUUAUACUAUUUGUAAUAUUAUUUGUUGUAUAGAUAAAUUUUGGCCUGUAUUUUGACUUUCAAUGGUACGUAUGACGACUUUCUGAUAUCACGGGACAUAACUGCAUUCAUUAUUUUACUUUAAACUGGUAUGAGUGGUCUCCCUGAAGUAGCAUACUGAUAAUCAAAUGAUAUUAUCAAUGUGUAUAUAAAGAAAACAUUUUAUAAGAAGAUGAGAUUCCAUAUUUACAUCUGUUGUGCAUAUUAUUUUAUGUUUUAUUACGGCUGUAAAAUGAAUGACUUAAAACAUACAAAAACCAUUUGCAAACAAACUACAUGUACAUUAUAAAUUCAUCAAAUUAAUGUGAAUAUAUUACUACCUAUAAGGUAUGCACUUUAUAAAUAAAUAUUGACCCUAUUCUAGCGUUCAUUUAUUACUAUAUAUACCAUCUUGACCGAAUUUCAUAGUUUUACACCGCAUUUAUAACAGUAUGUGACAACUUAUUAAGAAAACCACAAUGCUAAGCAUAAUAAAAUAUAAUAUGCUAUAAUAUGAUUUUAUUGUAAAAGUUGAAUUACGAAGUUUUAAUAUUCGACAUGAAUUAAUCAUAUGCGUUUAAUUGAAACAAAAUUAAUUACCAUUUAUUUAAACGCCAAGAAUUAUUGAUAUUGGAAAUGAUCAAAACCGAAUAAAUAGUGUAUCUUAGUAAAUAUACAUUCAGGCUAC